GACGGGUCACGGUCGAGGAAGACUUUUACUAACGCAACUCUCGCAAAUCACAUCGAAGACUCUCAAGAUGUCGUCGGGAAAAGUCAAGACUGCCCAGCUCUGGGGCAAGAACAAGGAGGAGUUGGCUAAGCAGCUCUCUGAGCUCAAGGCUGAACUCGGCCAGCUCCGCAUCCAGAAGGUUGCCUCUUCCGGCUCCAAGCUGAACAAGAUCCACGACCUGCGAAAGUCCAUCGCUCGUGUCUUGACCGUCACCAACGCCACUCAGCGCAACCAACUCCGCCUCUUCUACAAGAAGGCCAAGUACCUGCCUCUCGACCUCCGCCCCAAGCAGACCCGUGCCAUCCGCCGCCGAUUAUCACCUGAGGACAAGGCCCGUGUUCUGGAGAAGACCAAGAAGCGCAACACUCACUUCCCCCAGCGCAAGUUCGCCAUCAAGGCCUAAAUGUUUUAAUUUUGCUUUGGAAUGCGAAGGGACGUCAGGGUAGAAUGGGGCAUUGAGGCGCAGCAUGCUUUUUCCACUUGAACAAAAGGGUUCGAAUUGCAUCGCAUGGCUCAGGGGAAAUCCGGUCUGACUUGUACUUUAUUUCCCGGUUUGGGCCUCGGUCUGGGACGGGAGGCGUCCCGGAUGGGCUUGCUAGGUCGGCAGUCUAUACCAACAAAAAAAAAUGAGGUCACGAUCAAAAAUACUUGAGGCACAAGCGGUGUUCAGGCUCUAAUUCGACUGAUUUCGAAGAAUAUAUAUCCUUCGGUCCCGGUGAUGACGUGCCAAAACGUGAUGCUCUGUUAGCCUAAGUUUGUGAUGCUCACAGCAAUUCUUUGGUUCAAAAUGGAGUGCUUAAGUGU